AUGGAUCUUCGUACAUCCCCCCACAUACCGUCAGAGGUUCUCGCACAGUUCUAUACGGCUGUGCGGAUCACGGUCGCAGUAGUCUUCUUCACCAUCACAAGAGAACCUCCUGCGUUUCUGGUCCAAGUUGGGCCACCUUUGUCUGCCCUGGCCACUGCCCUUUCUCCUUGUUUCAUCAUUCUUCUCGUUCCAUAUUAUGUUCGUCUCGCAACGCGACGAACACCACGUGUUGCGCCCACAUAUGUCGAUGAGAGUGUCUGUACAGAUAUCGAGGAGGGUGAACGAACAGAAGUGGAAAUGAGCGAAAUCGAUAUCAGUAGCGAUGAAACCGUCAUCCACGAUGCCAAUUGGGAAGAAGAGGACGGCAGAAAAGUUGACAAAUGUGAGAGCCAUAGCAUAGUACUCCAGGACGAAAUAGCCGACGAGGCCGGUCGCGAUGAAGGAGAUACUGUUGAAGAGGGUUCGUCUGAGCGAAAUGACGGGAGACUACUGGAGGGGAGUGAUAUGUUGUCAAGCGAUGAGACUAUUCAUGAAGUUUUCACUAUUGAAGAAGACGUCGGGAACAACGAAAGACUCGAGGAAGCCGAUAUAGAGUUCAAUGAUGAGAUCACUCGUGCUGUCGAUCUGGAUGAGAUGGCUGUCGGGGUAGGCGCAAAGCUCGAGGAUAACGACAUGGUACCUUGUGGAGAAACACCAGACGUUCCUGAUCAGAGCACUGAGGGAGACCUUCUACGUGAAUCUCCGCCUCCAAUAGUCAAUGCCCACAAGCCAUCUCCUACCCCGGACUUCCCUCCAUCUGGAACAUCGUCAGGGAAAAGACUUCGCGCAUACUGGGACCCUGCACCCGGAAAUGAAAUGCACAUCUUGAGGCAAACAAGAACGUUUGAGUCUUUCUAUGUUGCGCUUGAAUCGAGGACGCGGCCUCCAUGGACAUUCGGAUGA